UGGAGGUUACAAACUUUCUAAAAUGGCAGCCCAUUUGGAAAACAUAAUCGGCCAGCUUUUAGUCGCCGACAAUGAAGUGAUUCAAAGGUCCACCCAGGAGUUGAAGUCUUGCUUCAAUGAUCCCAAUUUCAUUCCGAGUCUGUGUCAGAUCCUUGGCUCUUCUAACAAUGCACAGGUUCGACAAUAUGCUGCCAUCUUGUUAAGAAAAAAGAUUCUAAAGGGAAAACAGUGGGCAGCAUUGCAGACCACAUACGCACCGACGAUACGUGAGAACAUUCUGCAGCUGUUUUUACAUGAACCAGAAAAAAUAGUGCGAGUGGGUAUAGCCCAGGUGAUUGCCAUAGCAGCCAAGCAUGAUCUGCCCACAAAUGCCUGGCCUCAGCUGUUUGUUUUCAUCUCUGAAAAUGUCAAGAGUGAUGUGGGAGCACAGAGAGAGCUUGGCAUGUACCUGCUGUACUCUGUUGCCUCGUCGGCCGCCGAGCAGCUGAAGCCCCACCUGGCGGACAUUGCUGCCCUGAUCUCCAUGGUGCUGGCCGGGGAUCAGACCAACCUGGCGCCAUUCUACGCCGUCAAGACGCUUUCUGAGGUCGUGUUCUUCGUGGGGGACGAUGCCUUGAAGCCUGUCCAGCAGGUGGUUCCGCAGAUCCUGGAGGUCAUUAAGAACCUCAUCAGAUUGGAUCAGGAGAAGGCCUGUGAGGCAUUCGAGGUGUUUGAUGAAAUGUUGGAAUGUGAAGUGGUCAUGAUAGCUCCCCAUCUCAAGUCCGCCAUCAUGUUCUGUCUAGAGAUUGCAGCAAACAAGAGCCUGGAUGAUAGUAUUCGAGUGAAGGCAAUGUCAUUCAUCUGCUCCUUGACACGACUCCGAAAGAAGCAAAUCCUGAAGAACCAGCUGGUGCAGCCAAUCCUGGAUGUGAUGUUGCCAGUGAUGUGUGAGCCAUCUGGGGAGGAAGAGGAGGAGGAAGAAGAGGAAGAUGAUGUGGAGAGUCAGAAACCUUCCCAGCUUGCAUCACAGGUUUUGGAUACAAUGUCAAUGCAUUUGCCACCAGAAAAAAUCAUACCAAAAGUGAUGGCCAUGGUUGAGCCAGCGUUGGUAGAUGGUCAGCCAGAGAGACGGAAGGCUGCGUACAUAGCCCUGGCGGUCAUAGUGGAGGGCUGUGCAGACUACAUCGCCAACAAGUACCUACAUGCAGUGCUGCAGUGCGUGUGUAAAGGGUUGAGUGAUCCAGAACCUCUGGUACGCAACAGCGCACUCUUUGCCAUGGGCCAGUUCUCAGAGCAUCUUCAGCCUGACAUCAGCAAGUAUGCGUCCGAGGUGCUCCCGCUGCUGUUCCAGUACCUGCUGCAGGUGAGCCAAGACGCCGACCGCAACCCGCGCGGGCUGACGCGCAGCUACUACGCGCUGGAGAUGUUCUGUCAGAACCUGGGCAAGGACAUUGAGCCCUACCUUCCAAAACUCAUGGAACACCUGCUCACGGUUCUCAAGACGUCUGUGGGGCUUCGACCCAAGGAGCUUGCCAUCAGUGCUAUUGGAGCCACAGCAAGUGCUGCAGAGAAGUUGAUCUGCCCAUAUUUUGAAGAAAUUAUCAACCAGUUCCGCUGUUACCUAGCAACAACAGAUGGAGAUGAAGACAUGUUUAAGCUACAGAUACAGGCCAUUGAUACCCUGGGUGUCCUUGCACGCUGUGUGGGCACUGAGAUGUUCCAGCCACUCACUAAGGAGAGCAUUGAGUUUGGCUUGAAUUUGCUGAACACUGCAGAGGAUCCAGACCAGAGAAGAUGCAUCUAUGGCCUAUUUGCGGCCCUGUCAACACUCCUGAAGGUCAACAUGGGUCCCUAUCUGGAGACUAUGAUGCACUUCAUGCUGCUCUCUUUACGUUCAAAUGAAGGGGUCAAGGCUCACGUGAAGGAAGAAAGCAGCAGCUUCCUGUUUGAUGAUGCAGAGUUUGACACAGAGUGUGAUAUAGAGGCAGAGGAAGAUGAGGCGGAGGGAGACAUGUCGGACAUCGCUGGCAUAUCUGUAGAGAACGCGUAUAUGGAGGAGAAAGAAGACACAGCCGUAGCCAUUGGAGAGAUUGCAGUGAAUGCUGGGGUGUCAUUCCUGCCUUUUCUGGAGGAGAGCUACAGUGAGCUGCAGAUCCUGUUGGAGUACCCGGCCUCGAGAGUCAAGAAAGGGGCCGUAAUGGCGUUGGGACAGCUGUGUGUGUGUCUGCAUGAGGUCAUGAAGACGGGUCAUGAGGUUGCAACAUCCAGGACAGCCAUGAUGGAGAUGCUUAACAACCUGGUGCCCAAGUUCCUGCAUGUGAUCUCUGAGGACACAGACCGUGAGGUCGUCAUGGCUACUGUGGACGUGGUUCACGACCUCCUGGAAAAGAUAGGCCAGCCUGUGCUGCAGGUGCCCAACGCGACGGACCAGAUUCUGACACGCAUGAAACUUAUCUUCAUUCACAAGGUGGCCUGUCAGUGUGAGGAUGAUGAGCAGGAGGAGGAGGAGGAAGAACAAGCAGAGUUUGAUGGCAUGCUCAUAGAGUCUGCUGGUGACGUGAUUCCUGUAAUGGCCAAACUUGUUGGCGGGGAAAACUUCUCAGCGUUCUUUGCGGGAUUUCUGCCGGAUCUGCUGAAAAGAAUGAGGCAGACGAGUUCUACUGCAGAGAAGUCCUUUGCGGUAGGGACGCUAGGGGAGACAAUCGAGGCGGUUGGCCCGUCAAUCAGUAUGUACGCGGAGACGCUGUACCCCGUGUUUGUGAAGAUGAUACGAGACGAAGAUGACGAAGUUCGCAGCAACUCUGUGUACUCCAUGGGCGUCCUCAUGUCAAAAUGUGGACAGAAGAUGCACAGACACUACGCUGAAGUACUAAAGAUCCUUUUUGGGGUCUUGAACAAUGAGAAGAAUGGCCGUGUGAUUGACAACGUGUGUGCUGCGGUCAGCAGAAUGAUCCUGACCAGCCAGAGUAAUGUGCCCUUGGAUGUGGUGGUGCCUGUGAUUGUGAAGUGCCUGCCAUUGAAAGAGGACCAGGAAGAAAACAUAACAAUCUACCGCUGCAUCACUCAGCUUUAUGCUGCAGGCAACAAAGAGGUGGUUGCUGGUAUCCCAGACAUUCUGAAGGCUAUAGCUGGGUGCUUAGGAACAGAGAACUUCAAACCAGAGUGUGAGAAGUUAACAGUGGACUUUGUGAAAGACGUAGCGAGCAAAUAUCCAGAAGCCUUCCAGAAUCUAGCAAGCUCCCUCAGCCUGGAGCUGAGCUCGAAGCUGCAAGCCUGUGUUCACGUCAUCAAUGGACAUGGUGUCAAUGGGGCCUCUUGAUGCAGCCAUGUGUGUUUGUCUAGGUGAACACUGCUUACCCUGCGCCAGUUAUUUCGCAUAAAAGUAUUUUUAGUUGCUCUGUUUAAAUUGUGUAAUUGGGUUUGUGAAAGAUUUUUCAUGAGAUUUUAAAAUUUGUUGUGGCUAUUGUGGCUGUGGCUAUUGCUUCCUGAUUUUAGUAUAAACGCCGUUAAAUGAGAUAUCAUUCCAAAAAGGUGGAGCCUAAUUGAUCAGGAGUGUGAUUUUUUUGGUCAGAAAAUAUACUCCACUUCAAUGCCAAUUUCAACAAUUUUUGUCAGAUGAUAUUUUCCAUUUCAAUGCCAAUUUCAACAAAUAGUUCUUAAAUUUACUAGAUCUAUAAAAUAUUAAUAAAGAAUCAGUAAAACCUGUAAUGUAGAGGGUGAAUUAUCCUUCCAUGAAAUUUUACCAAAAUAGUGAACCUUGAUUUAUGAUGUGAGAUGAUCUGAUGAACAAAUCAGUCAACAGUGGUUUUAAUCAAAAAUGCUAAAAGUUUGUUGUUAAAUUGUUUUUGUUAGUAGUUUGUUGAUCGAAUUAUGAAAUGUUAUUCAUAAUAAGAUAAUUUCAGAUCAUUUACAACUUAAUUGUUGAAGUCAGCAAUUGUUAUUGCAAUGCAAUACUACAUGGUGCACUGUAUUGUCUAAACAUGUUUGUAUUUUACCGUUUCAUUUACCUGUUCAGCAUUCAUGGGUUCUUUAUAUAAAUUAUUUGUUUAAGCUCGUUUGAAGGGAAAGAUAUAUGUGUGUUAAACAUGGGACUUAAAUACGAAUCUAUAAUUCAGGGACAUACCAUGAUUAUGCCCCGUUAACCAUGUGUGCAAAAAGAAGAAUUGCAUUUAUGUUUUAAGAUUAACACUAACGUGUAUAGUUCUGUCAUGUAAUGUUCUUGUCAAUAAACAACUUUUUGACUAUUGAUUUUAUUAAAACAUGUGUCAUUAAACAUUCACCAUGUACAUAUUCCUGUCUGAAAAUCAAAUAAGAAUUAUAAAAAUAAAUCUAGAUAGUCAACUAUAUUAUAUACUAGAGGUAUUCUGAAUCUUCUUGAAUACAGUAAUAGCCCAGUACAUAAAAUACUAAUUGCAAGUACAUGUGUAGCUGAUAUAAACCAUGCAUUAUAUUUGCAUUAAUUAUGUUAUAUGUAUUUAAUAUUAUUUAUACCUCCAAAAACAUGUCCAUAAUACUGCAGGUCUUAAACAUGAUCCUUAUAAUCACAUAAACAUACAUUUGGUUGUGGGUUUACGAAGGGAUGAUUCUUGUAAUUAUGAAUUUAAUUAACAUAUAUUUUUGUUAACUUGAUGUUAUAAUACAUUUAAUAUACAUAUUUGGUGAUCAGCAUAUUUUUUAUAAGUAUUUUAAAGAAGUUUUUCAUAGAGAUUUGUUGUAAUUGUAGGGUGCUUUAAAGCUCAAGAUAACUGAAUGAUGUUACUUCAUACUUGAUCUAUAAUAUAAGUUUAGUUUACAGAUAAAUAUAUCAUAAGAUAAAUGAAAAUUGCACAGUUUGGAGUUCAUUUUUUUCUAUACAAACUAUGAAGGAAAUUGUUUGUGUUUUUUGUUGUUGAAUAUCUUGCAGCUGUAAAUUGUUGGAUUCAAUCUUUGUUUCACAGAAAAUAUGUCAGUUAAUGAAGGUUGUGUUUGUAAUUAGUUAUAAAUAAACAGGACUAAUGUGUUUGUGAUAAACAGGGUCUAAUAUGGUAAGACAGGCAUUCAAACAAGCGGUUUAUUGUGCCAUCUGAAUUUGGAAGUUUAUUUCAUUUAGAAGUACAGUUUCAACAAUGUUUCAUUUGCACAUUGUAAUACUCUGAAAGGUGAACUGCAAUUCUCACCAUACCGGUAUCUUUUCCGCAUUAAACUAUGUUUAUACUUCGAUAGUGAUUUUUGGGCCCCCAGGAUUUACAGAUGUGUUUAGGCAUAUAGGGAUUGGCUUCUCAGUUACUUCUUGUGUCCAUAUGAGGUUUAAUCAAAAUGGCACCUUUGGUACAACAUUAAUGAUGCUUGAGACAAAACAUUAAUACUUCAAAUGAUGUUGUCUUUCCACAUCAUGUUACCUUAUUUGACGUUGACAAUCCCCUACCUUUGGAAAUAAUUAGUAAUUCAGAUGGUUCAAAUGCAUAGUCCACCAAAAUGUCAUGUUUCGUCUAAACAUCAGUACUGCUUGCUUCAAAGCUUUGAUACUUGCAUUGAUGUUUUUAACAGGCUCAACACAUCCUAAUGCCUUAACCUCAUCUUCGCCUAGCCAUUUACCUUCUUUUUGGCAUAUAACUAUUCAAAUGGGCAAAUGAAUCGAUACAUAUAAGGCAUCAACUGGGGGCUCAUACGUUAAUGGAAUGCAUCAUCUUGUUGUUUGCUGUAUUUGCUCCCUAGUGUCAGAGGCUUAAUGGCUGUUUAAUUAUGUUGUGAUAUAUGGACUUUGAUAUUGAAAGGCUUAAUUAAAAAUGAUCAUUUAAAUGAAGACUUGAACAUAAUUAUUAGGCAGGAAAUUCAAAAAUUUAUUUGGUGUCGUUGGAGGUUUUUUUAUUGAUAUAAUCAUAGUCAUUUGUAACUUGUUGUUAAGAAUCUGUGCUGAGUUAUAUUGGUGAAUAAUGAUUUUGUUUAAAAACGGUUAAAACAUAUUUAGAACUUGGUCAUGUAGUUCCAUUUGGUAAAGAGUUUGUAUGCAUAUUACUCUCCUGUAUUUAUUUGGUUUAAUGUAUUAUUUUGUGCAAUACCAUAUUUCCACCAUA